CUUUCGUCUUUAUUAUUGUUGUGCUUCUGCGAUAAACAAAUUUAUUUAGUUUCUAAACGAAUUCCUAAAAAUGAGAGCCAUAAUACAACGUGUCAGAGCUGCUAAAGUUACAGUGCUGGACGAGCUAGUCAGUUCUAUUGGACCCGGUCUAUGUGUUCUGGUGGGCAUAAAAGCGGGUGACACCGCCACAGAUGUUGAAUAUCUUGUUCGAAAAAUUCUCGCUCUGCGAUUGUUUGAGGAUGAGGGCAGACGUUGGCAGAAGUCGACCAAGGACUUGCAAUUGGAAAUUCUGUGCGUUUCGCAAUUCACACUAUAUCAUCGCUUAAAAGGCAACAAGCCGGACUUUUCGGCAGCGAUGAAAGGCGACGAGGCGCAGCAACUCUACAAUCAUUUCCUGCACCGUCUCCGUCAAUCCUACGACGGCAGCAAAAUUAAAGAUGGUAAAUUUGGCGCUCAUAUGCAGGUGCACAUAGAGAACGAUGGGCCAGUUACCAUCGAUUUGGAGUCACCAGAGAUGCGACAAGAGGAAGAAUGUGUGGACAAGUAGCUUAGAAAACCUAGCUAUAGUAAUAGUUGACCCAAAUCUGUAGUCAGGUUUUAUAAUUUUAUACGUCAAAGUGGAGUCCCAACCAAAUAUAAUACGAUAAAUUUGUA